AUGUCCUCCGAUCCGCAGCUCCGCCUCUCCAUGGCGAACCAGAGCAACGUGCCAAAGGAGUACGUUCGCGCUGUGGAUCCGCAGCUCCUUCCCCCGCGCGUGGGGCACAACUGGAAUGACCAGGCGUUUCGCUUUAAGCAAGGCAAGCCGCAGCAGCUGGAGGCGGAGUUCCGCGGCACGCGCGUGUUUCCUGCCACGCGAAACAGCACGUUCCCAGCACCGGCCCCAGACAUGUGCCGCACUGCGCAGCAGCUGGUCGAUGCCUUGAUGUCUUCUUCCCUCAACCGAAACUCUGCCACGCGCAAAGCUCGCGCUGCUGCGAAUUUGCGCCACGUGACACUGGAGGACAAGGUGCUGCGCUUCUACGCUUUCUUCAACGAGCCGGCUCCCGAGGCGGGGGCGGCCUCGUUUUGGCACCGCAAGGUGGUGAUUAGCUUCUUCCCCGUCGACGACACAAUCCUCAUCGAGGAGCCGCGCAUCAUCAACAGCGGGCUUGACGGCGGCGUGUUUCUGAAGCGGCAGAAGGUGGUCGCUAAUCCGCGGCAGCGAGAGCAGUUCCCUGGUGAGGAGUACGUGUCCCUCAACUUCUUCAACGUGGGGAGCUCGGUGCGGCUCAACGCCACUGACUUCUUUUUGUACGACUGCGACGACUUCACACGGGACUUCCUCACAGCCCUCGGCAUCGAGGUAGGGGCGCCAGUGGAGUGCCCGGACGACCUGUUUAUGUCCGAGUACGGGCGAUAUCAGGAGCGACUCAAGUCUGGCAAGUUCGGCUUGCUGUCUCAGGACUAUAGCGCCGAUGAGGUGGAGCAUUCCGUCCGCUUCAUCCGUGACGGUGGAAAGAUGCUCCGCUUCUACGCUAUCCUCGACGAGCGCGACAGCGUUCCUGGUGGGAUGGUGCGAAACCUGGAGGUGAUGUUGUUUGUUGAGGACAACUCCAUUGCUAUUCUGCAGCGGCAGAGCUCUUCAGAGAGCUGCCAGGGCCUGUACCUGUCGCGAUGCUGGCUUCCUAAGAGUGGGUCGGUGGCCAAAGCGAACGAGCUGACGUUUGCACAUCGCGUGAACGGACAGCGCGAGCCAGAGAUGGGCAUCCCAGACGCCUACUACCGCGAGGUGGAUCUGGACGUCGGCUUGACGCUGAACGUCUUCGGCCGCUCAGUCCUUCUGUACGACUGCGAUGACUACACACGCGAAUUUUUCAUGGAGCGCUACGGCGUUUCUUUGCGGCCGCCUGUCGAUGUGUCGAGUUACUUUCAGGGAGACGCGCGCCGCACGGUACUCGGGACAGAGGCACCAACGAAGAGCCUCCUUGGAGACAGUGUGAGAAGUGUGGUGGGGAAACCAGCUACCGCCGCGGAAGGCGGGGACGCCGACGGAGGCGUCACCGUUUCCUCGGCCAAUGCCGCCGUAGGGGCGCAAGGCACGCCGACCGACACGCUCCGUUUCCGUGCUGUGCUCGCCCGCCCCGCCAAUCAUGACGACGAGCAGCGCCGCUUCACCAUCACCUACUACACCAACUCGGAGGAGUUCAUGGUGUAUGAGAGUGCGUACCCGAAGGCCGGGAUCAACGGUGGCUGCAUGUGGAAGCGAAGGAAGGUGAUGAAGAUUCCGCCGAAGCCUGUCCCACGCAACGCGCUGAAACCGCCGGCCGUCCCGGGGGAGGUGCCGCACUACACCCUCUCCGAUCUGGGUGAGGGCAAGGAGGUCGUCAUCAACGGUCUACCGCUGCGGCUUUACAGGAUGGACGCGCACACCGCCACCUUUUACGCCCGCUGCGCCGGUACGCUGCCGGAGGACACUGCUGGCGGGUCAGGGAUGGUGACAGAUGCGACGGGGGCGAUGGUGACGGUAGACCAUCUCGUCUCGGAGCUUCGCAGCUACCUUCACUCCCGCUAUGGAACUGGGGUAGCCUCGUUUCUGGCCCUCGAUCGCGACCGCGACGGUAUUGUCAGUUUGCCCGAGUUCACGAUGGCAAUGAAGGCGUUCCAGAUCACGGAAGACAGGGGCGCCGCGGCUGCCAUCUUCGCGCAUAUCGCCCCCGCGCGUGAUACAGGGUACUUCACUUCUGUAGAUCUGAUGAAGUGGAUGGACGCCGUCGGCGAUGAGCAUAGGACAGGCUCUGUACGGAUUGCCAGCAUGCCAAGCGGCGGCAGGGAGGCUGAGCUGAAGGAGAUCGAGCGGCGUGCGUUGCGCUCAAAGGUGCUGCGGGAGCUCAAGUCUCGCCUGGACGCGCGGUGCUGGAAAGGGGCGGACAUGUUUCGCCUGGCGUCCACCAUGCCGCGUGCCUACUGUGGCCGUCGGGGUGACCUGUACUCUUUCACGAACCCAGACCGCGACACAGUCAUCACCCCAGUGCAGCUGCGCCGCUGCAUCGAGGAGAUACUCACCGGUGCCCCCACCACCGCGGAGAUGGCGUGUCUAUUAGAAUUCUUCUUUCCUAGUCUGCCAACGGAGGCCUACACUCAAACCCGCGACAACGGCACAACGUACGCCGUUGACUUGAAUGAGUUCCAGAAACGCUACUACGUGAUGACGAAGGAGACGAUGCUGCCGGACGACGAUCCCGCUGGCGCCUCAAGCUCGUAG